AUGGCCAUUGACAACGAUCAGGAUGUGAACCUUGAUGAUGAGGUUUUAGGCCAGGUGACAUCGUUUGUUAUUGGUUUCACCAAAAAUAAACUUACGGUAACAGCAGAAGACAACAAGAGGGAGAAAAAGAAGCGGGUAGUUUUAGAAGGAGUCUGGGCGCCUGUCGCUGCAGUAUUUGGUCGGCAGCAGUUAACACAGAUGAUAUUUGCUGUAAUACCGUUGCUUCUGAACAUACUGUAUUGUCUGAAUUUUCAAAUUCAAUUUAUUGAAUCUGCAAAUGUAUGCCAUUUUGAUCGGCAGUCGUUCAUUAAGUCGUUUGAGAAUGCGACGGUGGUGGUCACUGCAACGGUACGACAAGUUACUAUUCAUGCACCUAACAGUCAUUUGAAGGCGGCAAAAGUUCGAGUUAAAAGAGUAAUUAAGGGGAAGGAUAUUCUCAACAAAGUUAGUGAAAUUGUUAUUUACGGGCUUGGAGAUAUAAAGAAGUGUCAAAGUGUCCUCUAUGAAAAAGAUACCAAAGUAUUUCUGCUAUCUGUGCGCCAAGGAAAAUUUUUUCUGAAUCCCCCAGUAGCACCAAUUUCUUUAGAUAUUUUGGAUAUGAUGGAUUCGAUAAUGCGAGUUGCGCUUAAAAAUUUAGAAACUUUUGAUACAGUUUUAAACGGACUGUAUCGUUAUAAGCUUGAGAAAUUUUGGGUAAGCCAGCGUUUGAACAGUGUGGUAUAG